CCGUCGAACGCAGACGGUAUGUUCUAGCUGUCGCGUGUUGUGCGUUUGUUUCGAAUUUAAGAUUAUGAAUCGAUUUGAAAUCGACUACUUAAAAGCAAUGGAUAUAACUCACGCUUUUAUGUUGCGGUAGCAUUUGGCCGAUCCGCAAAUACAAAAAAGAGCGAUGAGCUCAGCAGCACAGCAACUAGCUGCUGCGGUGGAGGAAGAGGGAGGGCAUGAGGCGUGAGGAAGUUCCAGAGCGCACCAGCCGGAAUGACAGUGGGCUCCACCACGGUGCUGCCUCUCCUGCUGGUGCUCUGGGGAUACGCUGUGGCCAAAAUCCACCACCGGCCCUCAGUCCAUGUGGCUUUGAGCGAUGGAAGCGUGUUUGUAGAUUUUAACUGCGGCCGCAAUGCGACCGUGUCUCUGGUGGACACAGAGACCAAUGACACCGUGCUCUCAAGGCCCCUUCCCGUGAACCAAUCAGAGGGCACACUGGAGUUCAAUUGCACCUGCUUUCUCUAUGCUGGGAGUUUCAGAUUCAAAUUGGAACGUGACAGCAACGGUGGCGUUUACAACUCCACCUGGUGGUGGAGUGAGGUACUGCACGUUCAGUGGCCAACGUUCCACAUCGCUGUGGAGAGGACUAACAACCAGAGUUCAAAUUCCUUCCAGAUUAUUCUCUCCACUAACGACGAUUUCCAGCCUUGCAUCAGCAGUGGGAACAUAUCACUCUACUUAGAGGUCAGCUACCUGGAGUACAACCAGAUUGGAAAGAAUAGCAUCGACAAAGUGAAGGCCCGGAUACGGCGGAAAAUUAACGUGGUUAAAUCGCAGAGCGUGGAGCUGGACUGCGCCUUCCUCUUCACGGAGCGGGACUUCAUCAGGGUAGCCCUCAAGUCUCCACACUCGCCACAGGACAUAAAGUCUUCAGGGCCACUCUACCUGUCCCGCAUCUUCUCCUAUAAGCUGUGGGUGGACAACGUCUACAGGGCCGGAUGCACAGGCACGGUGACGGUUCACUUGGUUCCCCCGCCGUGCGCUUUCACCAACGGGAAGGUCUUGCUCUUCCGGGAGGGAGGAGGGACUACCGUGGGGGAUCCGGUGACCCCUCCGCUGGGCUUCAACUGGCUUACCCAGGGGGAGAACGAGACCGAGUUCAACUGCUCCGUCUUUGAUCCUGGGAGGAACAGAUACUGCUUUCGGCUCGUCCUCUACAGCCGCUCGCCCAGCCCUGCACAGACGUGCGUCAUCGUGCAGAGGAAUGCAGAGACGUGGGGGCCGUGGCAGUCCUGGGGCGGGUGCAGCGUGAGCUGUGGGGAGGGGGUACGGGAGCGCGCUCGUGAGUGCCUAGCGCCCUCUACUGGUGGGAUACAGUGCACCGGCAUGGUUAAGGAGCAGUCCCAUUGCUCCCUGGAAGACUGCACAGUGCCUCGCCCCUCCCAGUCUCCGCUCCCCCCCGUCACCAACGCGCUGGGGGGCAACCUGGUGGCAGUGGCGGGCAUCUCCCUCUGCCUGGUGGUGAUCCUGGCCACGGUGCUGAUCGCGGUUUGGCGCAGAGUGUGCCGGGCGCCCAAGUGCAGUUCGGUGCGACGCAGCUCGACGCACUCCCCCGGCGGGAGGAAGAACUCGGAUGAGGCCUCCAUCUGCGGCCACAGCCUGCAGCGGCCCAGCUUCUCCGAGAGCCUGCAGGUGAUCCUGCCGGAGCAGAGCCUGACCUUCCCUCCCGCCGCGGAGAGGGGGGCCCCUGGCCGUCGGCAGAGCCAGACCCUCCCCCUCCGCCUGGACUCAGAGAGGGUUUCCCCAACCGGCCAGAAGAUUGUCCCGCCGAUUUUUGGCUACCGCCUGGCUCACCAGCAGCUGAAGGAGAUGAAGAAGAAGGGGCUGAAGGAGGCCACCAAGGUCUAUCACGUCUCCCAGAGCCCCGUCGAUGACACCAUGCUGGAAGCCACCGCCUCCACCCCGGCCGACCUCACCCCCGUUCCCCCCGAGCUGGACAGCCAAGAGGAGGCCAACCUCAACCGCUUCCGCAUCAAGUCGCCCUUCGUGGAGACGACCGUGGCGACCAAAGGGUCCACCGCCCUCCCGGACCGCCUCAGCCCCAAGGUGGACUUUGUGCUGGGCCCCCCGUUGGCCGGUUUGGGCGGAGGGUCGGGGCGACGGGCGCGCACGGAGCACUGGGUGGAGAUGGUGGAGCGCAGCGCGGCGCACCUGAGGAACCCCAGCUUCAGGAGGACCUCCAGCUUCCACGAGACCAAGCAGCCGCCGCCGCCCCGGGCCUUCAGGGAGAGGAGCAUGACCCAGGUGACCCCCCGCCAGCUCCCGGAGGGCAGCUGCAGGACCAGGGCGUGGGAGCAGCCCCGCGCCCCUGAGCGGGACGAGUGGGGCCGGCCGAAAUCCAGACUGAUCAACUGCACCAUGGGGGACAGGCGUCGACCGUACACAGAGACGGCCGCCCCCCUUCCCAAAGCCACAGCGGCGUCAGAAACCGAGGAUGGCGGCAGGCCAGACCUUCGCAGCUUCCCGCACCCGGGGGCACGAGGCCAGGGGUUCGGGCACGAUAGAGCGGGCAGGGCCGAGGCCAACUGGAGCAAGAGGGGCCCCUCUCCCAUCCAGAGGAACAUUCUGGCGCGAAAGCUGAAGGAGGCCAACUCCUCCGCCACCUGCCACCGACAGCGCAGCUCCACCUUCUCCCAUUACGACUCCCGAAGGGAUAAGUGCCGGAGCCUGCCGGACUACACGGGGUGCAACGCUUCCCCCUAUGGGCUGACGGAGUCAGAGCAGCACAUGAUGGAUCUCUCCGGAUAUUUAGGGGAAGAGGACAGCGUCGAGGUUCUGGGGGUACAUGGGCUUACUUAAUAGGUAACCAGGAAGACUGUGUUUCUCUGGCACUUCACCAGGCCACAUUCAGUGAUUGUGCUGGUUUCUCUCUUUCCUAAAGGAUGAGGAACAGACCUAGAAGGAAUACAUAUUACUUAGGAAUCGUUGAAGCUUAUGUGAAAAGUCAAGGUCCAGGAAAUGUUAAAAUAUCUGUUGGAUUUAUGUGGGAGGGCUAGUGUGAAAAAUCUGGAAUACCAUUGUGUUACCACAAGACAAUGGUGAGAACCAUUGCUUAUCAUUACUACUUCUGCACACAAAGGCUCUAUUCAGGGACAGAAACAUACAUUCCUGGCCUAUUUUAUUCUAGAGAAUCUCUCUGAACUAGAGAGAUGUGUUACAUUUUUAUGUCACCCCAACCCUUUAAGAUGUUUAAAGCACAAUUAUUUGCUAUUUGUAUUGAAUCUUUAUUUGAGUAAAUUAAAUAAUCUGUUUUGAUAUAA